CAUAGACUUAUAAACGGCAGUCAAACCACUUCGAUAAGAGGAAUACUUACGGAAGCCGUUUCAAUGAACCUUGUGAUAGAUAAAAGUCGAGGUGAUCCAUAUAAAUUGUUGUUAAAAGAAUUCCCUGAACUCGUAAAAGUAACAUACAAUAAAGCGGAUCUCAAACAUUCUAUUCAGCACCACGUCGUAACGAAUGGUCCACCAAUCAAUGCAAGACCAAGAAGGUUAGAUCCCAAAAGACUAGCCAUCGCAAAACAGGAAUUCGACAAGCUAGUGAGGCUAGGCAUUAUAAGGCCAUCGAGCAGCCCGUGGGCAUCCCCGCUAGAUAUGGCUUCGAAAAAGAAUGGAGAGGUUACGCCAUGUGGAGAUUACAGAGCACUGAACAAACAAACAGUAGCUGACAGAUACUCUAUACCGCAUAUUCAUGAUUUCACCUACAGUAUAGAAGGCACUACUAUCUUCUCGAAGAUCGACUUAGUCAGAGCAUACUACCACAUCCCUGUUGCCCCACAAGACAUACCGAAGACAGCAGUAACAACCCCAUGCACGCACAACAUCCUACCAUCCGAUGUUGAAUGGUAUGGUAGAGAGAUUGCAUCGGCAACUUAAAGCUUCUCUUACAGCUGUCAUCAGCAAUAACGAUUGGGCCAGCAAGCUACCGUUAGUCAUGUUGAGCUUAAGAUCAACAAUCAAACAAGAUAUAGAAUGCUGCCCAUCAGAAUUGGUUUAUGGAACCACACUACGUCUGCCAGGAGAGUUUUUCACCGCAGGUAAAAGCGUUCCAACUGAUAUAGCGGACUAUGUACAGCGUCUUAAGCAGCAUAUGAGUAGUCUAAGGAUAACGCUUCCGAGACAACAUCAAAGCCGUGUGUACAUACCCAAACAAUUAAGUGACAGUACCCAUGUGUUUAUCAGAAGGGAUAAUGUGCAACAUCCCUUACAACCGGCCUACGAUGGUCCAUUCAAGGUGAUUAAAAGAGACGACAAAACUAUUACGGUAGACAAAGCUGGAAAAACGGAUGUAAUUAGCAUCGACCGAGUCAAACCAGCUUUCAUCGAAGCCUACGAUCAGCCAAUGCAUACAGAUAAUGCGAAAACCGUUGAAUCAUCGAAACGUCAGUUCCAAUCAUCAACGACAUCGACAAACACAAACAAAGAGAAUCCAGUAACCACACAGUCUGGUCGAAGAGUAAGAUGGCCACAACAUUAUGUCGCUGCAAUCUUCUAUUAAUAAUUUUCUACUAUUUUAAAUAUUAAUUAU